AUCACGGCGUCUGUGUUGACGUACAGGGUCGGUAUGUGAAGCAUGGCUGGGGAAGGCGAAAAGAAAGUGCUGGAGAUGGUCCAGGCUGAUGGGGCUGAUGAAGGCUGUGUGACAUUUGUGCUGCAUGAUGAAGACCAUACUUUGGGCAACUCCCUCAGAUAUAUGAUCAUGAAGACCGUGGAUGUGGAUUUUUGUGGCUACACCAUCACCCAUCCGUCUGAGAGCAAGAUCAACUUUCGCAUUCAGACCCGAGGGGGAAUUCCAGCCACAGAGGUGCUGCGGAGGGGCCUGAAUGAGCUCAGUGAUGUUUCUCAACAUGUUCUCAACACCUUUCAGGCAAGAGUUAAUGAGUUCAAAGAGAGGCAGGAGCAACCCAUGGAAUGAAGAGCAUCAUGUACGUGUGACUAUGAAGCUGUCGCACACGAGUUUUACAAACAAACUGUAAACAUUUUUUACCUUCGUUUGUUUGCUUUUUUAUACAUUAAAAAGUUGGAAAAGCUUUGAUAAUGUCACAUUCAAAUAUUUGUACAGUUUUCUGUUUUGUAUUUUGUUGGAAUUAACAUAUGAUGUGUCAUAAAUAUGUAUGUUAAAUGUCUAUUAGCCUUGAGUUCAUUGGAACGAUUAGCAAAAUAAAUUUAAGACAUUAAACUUGGUCAUCUUCCAUUUUCUUCUUUUUUUUUUCUUCCCCCUUUUUCCAGGAAAGAUUUCAAACGUGAAUAACACUCAGCUAUUUGACUUGUGCUGGAAUAUUUAUUUUCGUAACUUCUCGUGUAACAGUGUUUGAAGGAUGUCUCAACCCAAAGUGACGAGUGAUGAACACUAAAUUGCUCUCAUCUGUCCUUUGAAGCCGUGUUUGUCGAGUGAAAGAAGAAGUGGAAGCUAGAAUGUCCUUAUUAGCCGAGGAAUGUAGUGAGAGGGACUUCAUACAGUGCCAGGGAGUCAGAGGGGGAAAAUGAGGGGAGACAAGUGUAAAUAAUGAGGUUAGAGCUAUUUUUUGAGGUUAAUCAUAUCCCUCUGUCAGUCACAUGUUCAUGCUGCUCUGUGGGUACAGAACUUCAUUUGAGGAAAAACAGCAGUUAAGUAGAACACAAAUAUAAUCAAAUACACUGUAUGUGCAGCAUGGGAGAUUUGAAUUUCUUUUUUUUUAAUCAAUCGUUUGACUUUUCAGGAAAAUAAGCUUGUUCAGAUUCUUGCUGAUGGAUGAGAAGAUUAAUACCAUUCUCAUGUCGGUCAAAUAAAACUACAGCCAGCAGUCAGUUAGCUGAAUGGAAACAGGGAAACAGCCAGUCUGGCUCUGUCUGAAGGAACAAAAUCCAGCACCUGAGGCUCACUAAUGAACAUGUUACAUGUCAGUCCUUUAAUCUGUACAAACACAUUUGGACAGAGCCUGUAAGCUGUUUCUCCCUGCUUCCAGUCUUAAAGCGAAACUAACUGUCUUCUGGGUUUAGUUUCAUAAUUCAGGUCAGCCAACUUUAAUUGACUGGCUGGAGAGAGAUUUUGAUGCCAUUGACGUAAUCACCCUUAUACACUUAAUCCCCAAUUUGAGUUUUGCCUCUUCUUUAUACUGUUCAUAUUGUUCUUUUUGCAUUAUUUAUCUUGCUUUGAUAUCCCUUUGCUGUUGAAAUAAUGCAAAUUUCCCUGUUGUGGGACUUUUAAAUGAUUAUCUCAUCUUUUUGAUAAACAAGCUCUGUUUUAAUGCUCUACAUGCACCCUGGCCAGGGGUGUGUUUAGGGAAUGGCAUAGGACGGUAUUGGCCCCCCUUGAAAUCUGACUGGCCACCCCAGGUACUGUCCUACUGGCUGCCCAGUCAGUUUGAACUAUUGGAGGAAUUAACAGAAUUUUCGCCUCUGGGAUUAAGUCAGUUUUAAUUCUGAGGGCAGUAGUGUGUAGCCCAACUAUUUUUACAUACUAAUAAACUGAUUCAACUGUUAAAAAGUUUGUUUACACAGGCUUAUUUAUUUUGAUCUUUCAGCACUUUAGUUUUGUUGUCACUUUUACUUGCUAUUAUACAUUUUACUUUUGGAUUUUUUUUCUUU